AAAACGCAACAUCGAAUGACCACAUCACAACAGGCCCUUAUUUUUUCCAGUAUCGUUUCUCAGCUACUACGCACAUCUAUACGGCCAUUUAAUCUCGAUUGGCGAAUUAUUCUUCAGUAUUGGUUGCAUUCAUCGAUAUUUGACGGAAACUUUGAAUCGAAUGACAAAAAAUGACGUCUUUGUCAGCAUGUUUUGCACUACUGGUAACGUUCAUGAUUGCGACCAAGAGUGUUCAAGCAGACACCUCGUCUCCCUCGUUAUGGGCUAAACUGAAAAUUUCGCCUGAUACGCUCGUUUCCAUGGAACACGGCAGUUUUCGCGUCGAUAUUUACGAACACGCAGACAAUCACAAAGAGAAUACACUUCCCAGUCGCCACAAAUAUUUUUACGCUCCCAUCGCUCUACUGGACAACAAGGGAGCCACCAGUUCGUUCAACAACGUCACGCAAAAGGCGGAAAUGCGAUUUCAAAUUGAAAUGUGGAACCAGGAAAUUCAAAAUAAAGUCGUCAAGUAUUUAGGUCAAGUUCUCGGUCGCAAAGUCAAUAGCCACCAAGUGCAAAUCAUUCCUUUGGAAAAUGUGAUUUUGGCCAGCACGUUCUCGUCAACCUUCUUCACCUUGUCGACCGACUGGAAACCCUGCCGUCAGCACAAGUCCCUUUGGUUCGCUUUGUCUUGCUUCGACAUAAAGGACUGUAAUCAACUGGCGGCCAAUAUGCGCUCCAAUCCAGAACAAUUCGACCACUUCAAAUUGCUUUUCAGUUUAUCGUCACAGACGUCCAAGACGAAGGAGACGACCAUCCGAAUCGAGAACAUCGUCUCCGGCCAAAUGUUCAACGAUCUUCUCCAGCGAUUCGGCCACGACAAAAAUGUUUUCCUAACGGCCAAUGACGAGAAACGACUCGUCAUGGAAACGGCCACCAACAUUUUUGUGGAAAGCUUCGACGACUCGGAUGUUGUAACCCAAAAUUCAGAAUCGCAAGUCUACAACGUGCUGAAAAAUCUUCUCGUCUCGUCCAGAACUACAAUCAAAGAGCAGAGCGACAAAAUGUGGGAAUCCGUUUUCUGGAACGAAGACAACUACCGACCAGACAAGACGAGCAAAACACUAAACGAAAUGUACAGCAAAUUGGACACGGAAAAUCAGAAAAAGAUGGCGGAUUCUUAUCAAAAGUCCUUCAAAGUUGGGGGAAAAACGGAGUUAAAUAUUCCAGGGAUGUUUUCUGCAGGCGGGGAAUUCAAAACAGAAUUCACUGAUCAAGGGAUGACGUCAAAAGAGGAUCUAGACAAGUUCUACAACGAGAGCAAAGACCACGUCGUGUGGAAUGGCGAAAAAUUCACUCCAAAACCGUUGGCACUUGGCAGAAUCAACUUGUCUCGACUAAACGACACGCAAUCGCUGAGGGAUCGCAAAGUUAGUGUUCGUUACACGACUGCUGUCUUGUCCACUCCUAUUAAUUUCGUGCAAAACGCUGAGCUGACUACCACCGACGAGUGGCAAAUUCUCAAGGACCAAGUCAAAGAAAUUCGGGAGCGUUUAACGUUUGCCAUAGCAAACUUGACAGCAUUAACCAGUAAUAAAAUACGACAGAAACUGUGCAGCGUCUAGAGCAAAAUGAAAAUCAUCUCGCGCAAAUGAACACCACGGUUUUACAUGCCAUAGCAAAUUUGACAGCAUUAACAA